AUGGUUGCAGUGGUUGUAGUAGGUGCACUGGGUGCAGUGGGAGCAUUGGUUGCAGUGGUUGCAAUGGUUGCAGUAGUUGUAGUAGGUGCACUGGGUGCAGUGGGAGCAUUGGUUGCAGUGGUUGCAAUAGUUGCAGUGGUUGUAGUAGGUGCACUGGAUGCAGUGGGAGCAUUGGUUGCAGUGGUUGCAGUAGGUGCACUGGGUGCAGUGGGAGCAGUGGUUGCAAUGGUUGCAGUGGUUGCAGUAGGUGCAUUGGGUGCAGUGGGAGCAUUGGUUGCAGUGGUUGCAAUGGUUGCAGUAGGUGCAUUGGGUGCAGUGGGAGCAUUGGUUGCAAUGGUUGCAGUACGUGCACUGGGUGCAGUGGGAGCAGUGGUUGUUUGUGCAAGAAACCUCAUGAGUAAUGUAAGUAGUAAGGUAAUGCUGAAACACGCCCUUUUGGUAGCCAAGCAAACAUUAAAAUGCAUAUGCGUGGAAUUUGUGUGUUAUUGUGUAAAAGAGCUGUAAAUGUAUAAGCUGUAAAUGUAUUCAAAUCAUUAAUCGCUGGAAUUAGUUAGCAUUGCCCAAUUUAAGUAGUGUACUACUGCUACAUUCUAACCAAAUUGCAAAUUUCGACACAUUAUAAUAUCGAUUCCUGACCAUCAGAUUUCUGUCAAACCUUCCCCCCAAAGUCCAGUAAAAGGCAUUUCAGAGACCCUAAAUUCAAAAAUUUUUCGAAGGGGCAUGCCCCCGGACCCCCCUAGAGAAACCUCGCACCUUCGGCGCUCGGCUCGUGCCUACAGCACUCGUUUAUCAAGCGUUACAAUAUAGGGGCGCAUAUUAGUUGAUAGCCCACUCCCCCCCGCUACCUGAAAUACCGAAAAAUACUGAAAAUAGCAUUCAAAUGUCAUUUUUUUGUCAUUAAAACUAUCAGUUUGAAAACAUUUAGCAGAGGUACUUCACAGUGGUGUCACAACCUCUCCCCCCAAAUUCUUUAAUUAAAGUUCAUAGUAAAUAAACAUUUGUACUUUUUGCCCUGGGCCACCCAUCGAUGACCCCCUGCUGACAAAACAGGGAACCCCAUCGGCCAUCGCUUUACAUGCACCCAUCAGUUACAAUAAUAAGGAAUCAUCCAUUCAUGAACUCAAUUCUCAUGUGUCCCAAUAGCUAAAUCACUGUCUCUUCACACCACAGAUUGGCAUUAAAAUACAAUAUCUACAGAACUGUCAUUCUGUAUGGUCAUUGAGCCUAUAUGCCCAUCUAUGAAAUGAAAGCAUAAUCAAUACAUGUACAAAUGGUAUAUAAUAUUGUGUUAAGCAUGAACAAAUAAUGCACACAUAUGCAUUUAAUGAGUGUAUGUUGUUUGCCGAAUGAAUUUCAUAAUGCAUUAAUUUCAGAUAUUUGCUGUAUUUGUAUUUAUUUCAGAUAUUUGCAGUUCAAAAGCUUCGUAAAUUUGAUGACACUCAACCAUAUGUGUCACAAUAUGCUUUAUCAUAG